GGCGAGAUGUAUAGUUGAUGACUUUUUUUUUAUAUUGUAAACAGGAACUUGUGAACUUGCUGCUGACUGGUAAGGCUGUGUCCAACGUGUUCAAUGAUGUAAUAGAGCUGGACUCUGGAAAUGGAAAUAUCACAGUUUUGAAAGGAAUCACUAACCGCAGUGAUAUCGGCUUGCUGUCUCUUUUUGAGCACUAUGAUGUUUGCCAGGUUGGCUGCUAUUUGAAGACCCCGAGGUACCCAAUUUGGGUCGUGUGCAGUGAAAGCCAUUUCAGUGUGCUUUUUUGCUUGAGAAAGGACUUACUAGGUGACUGGAAAACGGAACGGAGAUUUGACCUCUAUUACUAUGAUGGCCUGGCCAACCAGGAAGAGGAAAUCCGGUUAACAGUUGAUACAGUUCAGCCUUACACUGAAGAUAAAGAAAAUGACCUUAUUCCUCCACUUGAGCACUGUAUUAGGACAAAGUGGAAAGGAGCCGUUAUCGACUGGAAUGGCACAGAACCCAUCUUGUGACUGAACUGAAAUAAAAGGAAACUGCUAGAACAGCACGUUCUUAUCCUCACCAGUAAGGAAGCAGGGCGAAACUCCUGGCCGCUUUUGCAAUGUAUGGUGAAGCUGAGUGACACGCUGCAUGCAGGCGGGAAGAAUUUCACCUUGCGCUUCAGCUAUUUCAUCCAUUGCGUAAACAUCAUUUACGUAAAUUCUCUGUCACUUCCUUUUAUGCACAAUGCGUGAAAGUAGACAGAACCUCCACUGCCAAAAUAAACUUUCAGACAAAGCAGUAAAGCUGUCAACUUCUACUUGAGUUCCAUUGCUGGGUUCAUUCUGCAUCUUGCAAGUGUCUCCAAAGAUCAGACAAAAGAAGCCGCACCCAGAUUUCUUUGACAUUGGCUUUUCCUUCCUCCCCGUCACAGCCCCCACCCAAGGAAACCAAGGUACAAACGUGAAGCACUGCUAGAGAAAGAAGUUCUCUUCUUUCACUAGUUUUUGUAGUUCACACUUUCCAAUGAACUGGUUAUUAACACUGUAGGCACUUGCAGUGUGGCCUGGACUACACACAGGUUUUGUACUAGUGUAACUAGGUGGGGAUAUAAUAUUUACUGAUAUCAUUAUACUGGUACAAGCCCUAGUGUGGAAGCCAGAAGGGUCCUUAUACCAGUAGAAUUUAUUCCUCUGCCUGUGGACUAUGUCUAUAUUAUGAACAUCUGCAGCCAUAGCUGUGUCAGUCUGAGGUAUUAAGAGGGAGAUCCCUGACCAACAUAGCUGUGCCAGGAGAAGCUCCUAGAGUAAAUACAGCAAUACUCGCAAAACUUUGCUUUUACUGAUAUAGCUUGUUUCACGCAUGGGGGUGGUUUUACUAAAUCAGGACAAAGUGCAUCUAUGCUAGCACAGCUGCAUCUACACUAGGGAUAUCUCUACACUACUGAGACAAUGGGCUUGUCUUCACUAUGGAGCUAAAUCAGCGCUGCUGCAAUCGAUGCAGCAACAUCGAUUUAGCGGGUCUAGUGAAGACAUGCUCAAUCGAUGGGAGAGCGCUCUCCCAUCAAUUUCUGUACUCCACCUCAAUGAGAGGCGGAAGCAAUGUUGGCGGGAGAGCUUCUCCCAUUGACAUAGUAUAAUGUGGGCCCCGUGGUAAGUAGAUCUAAACUACGUGUACUUGAGUUACGCUACUAACGUCACUCAAAUGGCAUAGCUUAGAUCGACCGUCAGCAGUAGUGUAGACCUGCCCUAAAUUGGUAUAGCUAUGUUGGCGUACCUAUGCCACCAUAGCCAUGUAGUGCAGACACAGCCUAUUCUGACAGAAGAAGUUUUUCUUUUGGUGUGGGAACACCACCUCCCUGAGCAAAGUUAGCUAUGUUGGUGGAAGCCCUCUUUCAUCAACAUAACUGUGUCUACGCUGGGGAUUAUAUCAGCAUAGCUAGGUCCAUCAGGGUGUGGUUUUUCAACCCCCUGACAGACUGAUGUCGAUAUAACUUUUCAUUGUAGCCCAGGCCUCAGAUCACUUUGCUUGUACAGUAUACUGGCAUUCCUGUACAGGUAAAUGGUUCUAGUGUAGACGUAGCUGGAAUAAGCUAUGCCACUAUAAGCACUUUUAUACUGGUCUAACUGCAUCCACACUAGGGGCGUUGUACCACAUGAACUAUUCUGACAUAGUUAAAGCCAUACCACUUUUGUGUGUAGAUAAGGUCUAAGAUGUUUUGCCCCUUCACAGU